AUAGAUAGUUAAAUUCGAUUGAAAUUUAAGUCAAAGUUUGACUUUUGUUAGUGUUAUAGAGUUAUAGGAUUUUUGUAGCGAUGAGUAACUCGUUAGAAGAGCGUCUUAAAACCCACUCGUCUGCAUUCGAUGGGUUAUUAUCAUUAAUACCGGCCAAAUAUUAUUAUGAUGAUGCAACUCAAGAUCAAUGGCAGCAAAAGAAGAAAUCAGCUCAAGAAUUAGCUGCUAAUAAACGAGCCAAGUUAGAUCCUGAGUCCAAAAAGAAUGCUAAUGAAUAUAUUAAUGGACAUGCUACUGCCAAGGAUGUUAUGGAUAAUAAAGCAUUAACUGCUAAACCAGUAGUAUUACCUGGGAAGAGACAAAUUAAAUCAUUACCUAUACCUGCAUCAGUAGAAGAACUGGAACAACUGGAAGAACUGGAAGAACAAGAAGUUGAUUCUGGAUCUAAUUCAGACUCUUCGGAGGAAUUAAUAAAUGAAGAUUCAAGCUCCCAAUUAAUUUUUGAUGAUGAUGGUAAUGAAAUUGAUGAAAAUUCGUCUUCUUCUCAAGGAGAUUUUAAAAAGCAGAAAGUUCAAGAAGAAAAAUCUAAAUCUAAGAAAAAUGGAAGAUCUCUCUCUCCAGAAGAACAAUUACAACGAGAAGAGAAUUUAAAGAAAUUACGAGAGAAAUUAGCUAGUAAAAUCAGUGCAUUAAAGGAAAGAAGAAAAGCUCCAGGUACUAAAGUAAAUGGAGUUGUCAAAUCUAGAGAGCAAAUAUUAGAAGAACGUAAGAGGAAAGAAGAAUUGAAGAAAGAAUUAAAGAGGAAAAGGCAAGAAGAUGAAGAUCAAGAUGAUGAUGAUGAUGAUGAAGAUAUUAAUGGUGAAGAUUCCGAAAUUGAUGGAGAAGAUAAAAGUAAUUCUGUUUUAUUUGGAAAUAUUGUAUUUAAUGAUGGUUCAAGAGUUACCUCUGACUUAACAAAGCUUCGUAAUACUGCUGAAAAGAGAAAACAAAAGGGACCAUCAAAUAAUGAUAUAAAGGGACAUUUACAAAAAUUAGAAAAUAAAAAACGGAAAUUAGAAACCUUAUCAAAAGAAGAUCAACAAAAGCAAAUAGAAAAAGAUAAAUGGCAAAGAGUCAUGAGUCAAGCAGAAGGUGUUAAAGUUAAAGAUGAUGAAAAAUUACUUAAGAAAGCUCUUAAAAGAAAAGAAAAGCAAAAAUUAAAGAGUGAAAUUGAAUGGAAAGAAAGAAAACAAGUAGUUAAAGAUACAGUUGCAGCAAGAGCUAAAAGAAGAGAAGAAAAUUUGAAAGCAAGAAGAGAGAAUAAAGGUAAGAAGAGUAAGAAACAACCUAAAUUAAAGAAAUUCACUGGUAUAGUAAAUAAGGCCGCUAAAAAGAGAGCUGGUUUUGAAGGCAGUGCUAAAGCUAAAAAUAAGAAGAAGUAAAAUAGUAUGUAAUAUUAAGUAAUUUAAUUUAAUGUUACUAGUGUAUAAUUAUAAAAAUUUGCUUUUUCCUAAUUAGGAAAUUCUGUUCCUGCAUGUAUACUUUUUGGAAUUUUUGAAUUCCAAAAGAGCAACGAGCAACCUCCCGUCAAUCAUAGAUCUAAUAACUUUCUUCUUAAUUAAGUCAAUUUAGCAUACAUUAGUGAAUUGUAUAAUUUAAUCAUGUCUUUCCCAUUACCUGACCAGGCCAAAAAAUUCUUGUCUGAUAUUGACUCCGUAAGUAGUGGUAGAGUUUAGAAAGUUUGUCCUCCGAUGUUGUUUAACUUCGGAGUAACAUUGGUAGUCAAUUGAUUUGUAUUACCAAUUGAUUAUUGUUGAAUAAUGAUUUACUAACCUUUUUUUUUAUAGAAAACUAGUGGUAAUCAAGUUUUACACCAAUUUGAAUCUCAAACUGGUUUA